ACGCGCCAGUUAGGUUGGGAUGGCUUCAGGCAUCCCUGACACGUGAGACGCACAGAUCUUGGCAGGCCCCUAUUAUUUGCUCUUACAACAAUGACUUUCAAGUCCGAAGCCUUCGAUGUCAGCGUGACCGUCCCUUGCAACUCUCCGGCACCCCCCUCAUACGAUGCAAUUUCUACGUCAACCGUAUCGGCAGAUUCCAUCUGGUCCAAGCUAUGUCGCUGGAUAUUUCCCCGGGCCUCUUUACAAUCCAAGCAAGAAUGCCUAUCAUGCAUCCGUGCAAUUGUCUCCUCUCCCGAUUACAGUCCUUCCUUCGUCGCUCAAACUGCCAGCGCCUGUGUUGCCACUCUCCCAGCAGCAGAGUUCUCCAAACUCUUGCAACAACCCAAUAUCGAGGAUCACACGGCGCCGUAUUGGGCGAUCGUGAACAACCGCCUAGAAGCCCUGUGGGCGUUUAUGGACUUCAUUCCCGAUCCAUCGCCUGCUUGCUAUUCUGAUUUGCGUCUUGCGUGCAUGAUGGUUGGCGACAACACAUUGUUCACGCAGCUAGACUUGCGCGAAAUAGUUAGCUCCAAGGAUGACUCCUUGAGACAGUUUUUGGGAUGUACUCCAGACGAGGUUCAGAUACAAGAGAGCAGUGGUCGCUUCGUUGCUUCUUUCUGUUUCAGGAUGUUCCAGAAACGCCUUCGUACUGCACAGGCAAUUGCCGUAGAAUAUCUUGCCAGAGGCCGUAUGUGGACGUUGUGGUUUUAUUUGUGCAGUGAUGGAAAGUGGGUUGUUGAUUGUCGACUUGAAGAGCCCAGUUUGCCAGUAGAAGGAAGCAAUCAACUUCGGAUAGAGGCCCACAGAAAGUCGCCUGACUGUGCAACCCCGGAACCUCUAAUCAUUACCACAGAAUUUUCAUUGGCACCUGAAUCUGGCAGUUGCAUCCCUCGUCCGUUAAUAUAUUACCGCUUGGGUGAUUGGCCUAUGGACAAUGAUACUGUAUAUGUAGACUGCGAAGGCACUUUACAUAUGUCGCUGACGAUCACAGUGAAAUAACGCUUGGAUCCUGGAAUAGAUAAAUGCAGGCCAGAAACAAACACAUCAUGUACAUUGCUUUAUUCAAUCGGGGCGAAUCCAGAUGGGCCACCAUGUCCAUUGGAUGGACUGAUUUUUCGGCUUCAUCACAGACAUGCAAGCCAGUGCGUGAUCAAGAGUGUCCUGCAUCUUGUACAAAUUUUCUACUUGUCAGACCAAUGCCUGCUACUUUGAUAAGCAAGCCGAUGAUAUAUAUUUACCAAU